CCUCUCUGGACAGAGGGAGGGGAAGUGGCCAGAAGGGGAAGUGUGAGUUCCCGUCGGCCUGUUGCCAGUCUCCUCAGGCCCUCGGGGUGGCGGCCAAGGGGCCCGCUGCAGCCAUGGAGCCGCCAGAGACCCCCGUCAAGGAUGGCAUCCUCUACCAGCAGCACGUCAAGUUCGGCAAGAAGUCCUGGCGGAAGGUGUGGGGUCUUCUGUAUGCAGGGGGCCCAUCAGGUGUGGCACGGCUGGAGAGCUGGGAGGUCCGUGAUGGUGGCCUGGGGCCAGCGGGUGACCGCCCUGCAGGUCCUAACCGACGAGGAGAGCCUCGGGUCAUCCGCCUGGCUGAUUGUGUGUCCGUGCUGCCGGUCGACUGUGAGAGCUGCCCCCGAGACACUGGGGCCUUCCUGCUCACCACCACCGAACGAAGCCACCUGCUGGCCGCACAGCACCGCCAGGCAUGGAUGGGUCCCAUCUGUCAGCUGGCCUUCCCGGGCACAGGGGAUUGUGCCACCGGAGCAGGGGAGGCAGAAGCUCCCAAGUGGGGCCUGGUCCCCAUGGAAGAGAAUUCCAUCUACUCCUCCUUGCUGGAAGUGGACAAGUUUCCAGUGGUGGUGCAGAGGACAGAGGCAGCUACCCGCUGUCAGCUGAAGGGGUCCUAUGUCCUGCUGCUGAGACAAGAUGCCAUCCAGCUGAGUGAACCCGCCAGCCCGCAGGCCCUCUACACCUGGCCCUACCACUUCCUGCGCAAGUUUGGUUCUGACAAGGAUGUGUUCUCCUUCGAAGCUGGUCGCCGCUGUGACUCAGGCGAGGGCCUCUUUGCCUUCAGCAGCCCCCGAGCUCGAGACCUGUGUGGGAUUGUGGCUGCCGCCAUUGCUCGACGGAGGGGGCAGCUGCCUGAGCUGGUGGGGCCCCGGCCCUGCCCUCUGCCUCGGGCCACCUCCCUACCCUCACUGGACCCCCCUGGGGAGCUGCGGGAGUUGCCCCCGGGGCCUGAGCCUUCCAGCUCCCGUCGGGCACGCCUGGCUGAGCCUGGGCCACAGAGCUUGCCCCCGCUGCCUGUGGAGGCUGGGCUGUAUGCUGCUGUGUGCAAGCGGGCCAGUGGACCCCUUGUCCCCGCAGAGCACCUCUAUGAGAAUCUGUGUGCGCUGGAAGCUGGCCCUGUACCGCCCGACUUGGGGGACUCUGCGAAGGAGGGCCCCAGUGCCUGCAGUCCCCCAGAUAGUCCCAUCUACCACAACAGCGAGGACCUGGGCUGGCCCAGCCCAGCCCAUGACAGCAGCCUGGAAGCGCAGUACAGGCGGCUGCUGGAGCCGGAUCUUGGUGACAAUGGUGAUGAGGCCGGGGUUUCCGGCCGCCAUGGUACUCAAGCAGGCUUCAAGGCCAAGCUGGUGACACUGCUGAGCCGAGAGCGGAGGAAGGGCCCAGCCCCCUGUGACCGGCCCUGAGCACCCACAGCUGUGGCCUGGCAGGGGACAAGGGAGCGAGCAAACAAUGGACAUCUGGGACACGGCCCUGCGUCCACUCUGGCCUCAGGGACAAGACAGGUGUUGUGAGGAGGCCUCCCAGAGCCCUGCCAGCCCCCAGUGUACAGUGUACAGGUCUACUGAGAAUAAAGCCUCUGGCUCCCCACCUGGUCUGCA